UCAUUUGGAUAUGUUCAAUAUGUAGACAAAAACCUACUUUCUCUUUUCAUUUUUAUAUGCAUGAAUAUUUCUAGCUUUUCCUCUACAGGAUAAACAAUGAAAUCCAUAACUGUCAACUACCUCUAUAAAUAAGGAUGAUGAAAGCUCAAACUACACACAAAUACACCAAGAACACCAAAAGUUUAUACGAUAUUUAGCCGUUCAAUCAAGUUACCGAUCCUUUACAAGGGUUUUUUUUUUUUUAGCAGCAGAAGUUUGAAAUGGAUAAGAUAAGAGAUUUGGCUUCACAGAAGGCAGCAGUGAUUUUCACCAAGAGUUCAUGUUGCAUGUGUUACAGCAUAAAGCAACUUUUCUAUGAUCUAGGUGCAAGUCCGGCUAUACAUGAACUUGAUAAAGAAGCAAGAGGGAGAGAAAUGGAGUUGGCCUUGAGAGGUUUAGGCUGCAGCCCCACUGUGCCCGCCGUGUUCAUAGGCGGCGUAUAUGUUGGCUCGGCCACGGAUGUGAUCUCUCUCCAUGUUGAUGGUUCUCUAAAGCAAAUGCUCAUUAAUGCCAAGGCUAUUUGGUUCUAGCUAGUUAUCUUGCUAAUAGCUUGUUAACUCCUUUGUAAAUUGUGAUUAAGGGCUUCCUAAUUUUGUCGACUCCGAUGAAGUUUUAUUUCUCUCUUUCUUCCGUGUCAAGUCAUGUCGUCUCCACGCAACUACCCCACAUGGACCUUUUUAAUCUUUUAUCUUGUAUUUUUGUCUCAAAAAGUAUUGUUAGGAGCUAUGCAUAGGGUUUAUGUCGUGCCUCACUUUUUUAUACGGGUCAGCACGGUGGAAAAUACGAGUCGUGCUGACCAAUAGGCCAACUGAAGUGCACAGCCAUAAAAGGGUAUGAGUCGAUUCACUUUA